AUGGCGUACCUGGCGCGAUUAGCCGCCAUCUUGCUGUCGGUGACCUUCGUUAGUUUUGCCGCAGGAGCCAGCACAAAUGGAGACAAGGGCGCACAACAACGCAUCAUCGGUGGAGUACGCGCGUUUCCAGGCGAAUUUCCCUCCAUGGUGUCGAUCCAGCGUUUAGUGCUGUUCAGAGCCAGCCACGUGUGCGGAGGUACGGUGUUGAACCAAUUCCACGUGCUCACAGCAGCAGAGUGCUUCUUCACCAACCAGAACAGCCGCUAUCAGGUGCAAGCUGGCAAGGUGUUGUUGAACAGCUUCGAACCGACCGAGCAGACGAUCAACGUGCUGCGGUAUACGAUGCAUCCACAGUACGACGGAUCAGCUAGUCCUUUCGACAUUGCCACCGUUCGGUUGGCUUCUCCUUUCGGAUUCAACGAACACAUCCUUCCGAUCGCCCUUCCCACGAUCGACUCCAUCCCGGCGGGUAUCGUGAAAUUCGCCGGUUGGGGCGCAACUUCUACCGGUUUGCUCCCGAGCAUGCCGAAUGAACUGCGCAUGUUCAACGUAGCCAUCGUCGCCAACAACGAGUGCCAGAUCAUGAUGGGAGGCUCGAUCGGUAACGGUCCUGUAACGGAGCGUAACGUCUGUCUAGGACCUGCGACCGGUGGAAUUGGGGCGUGCGUUGGUGACGCUGGUGGAGCGGCCAUACAGCAAAUCAACGGUCUGGACACGAUCGUGGGCAUCAUCUCGUGGCAGGUGUCACCCUGUGGCCAACAGGGUGUUCCUACGAUCACGACACGCGUUUCGGCGUUUAUCGAGUGGAUCAACCUCAACUCGGUGUAG